GUUUUAGAAAUGUUUUAGUAAUAAAAUUUACUACAACGAAAAUGGUUGAUCCAUCGCAAGUCACUAAAGUGAAGCUUAAUAAUGGCAUUGAAAUGCCAGUUAUUGGUCUGGGUACUUGGCAAUCACCACAUGAGGACGUAUACGAAGCUGUAAAAACUGCAAUUGAAGUUGGUUAUCGUCACAUUGAUUGUGCUUACUGUUAUGGCAAUGAGGUACCAGUUGGUCGAGCAAUCAAGGAUGCUAUUUCCGAAGGAAAAGUGAAACGUGAGGAUUUGUUUGUUGUUAGCAAAGUUUGGCUAACAUUUUUCACUCGUGAAAGAGUACGCGAAGGAUUGAAAAGGUCGCUAACUAAUCUGGGACUUGAUUACCUGGAUCUGUAUCUGGUGCACUGGCCGAUUAGUUUUCAACAAGUCGAUGAGAAAAUCUUUCCAGCGGACGCAAAUGGUCUAGCAAUUGACGGAAAAGUGGAUUACCUGGAUACUUGGAAGGGAAUGGAGGACGUCUUAAAGGAUGGUUUGGUUAAAUCGAUUGGUGUAUCAAAUUUCAAUUCUGAACAAGUUACACGCGUCUUAAAUAACUCUUCGGUUAAACCAGUCACCAACCAAGUCGAGUCGCAUCCAUACUUAGCCCAAAAACAGUUGCUAAAAUUUUGUCGGGAAAAGGGCAUUCCGUUGACUGCUUAUAGUCCAUUGGGUAAUCCGGGUUCAGCGUACAAUACGAAUCCGAACAAGAAAAAUAUUUUAAACGACACUCUAGUCUCUAAAUUGGCUACGAAGUACAAGAAAACAGCUGGACAAAUUUUAAUUAAGUUCCAAGCUCAACGAGGUGUGAUUGUUAUUCCAAAGAGUGUUAAACGAGAUCGAAUUGUUGAAAAUAUUCAAAUAUUUGAUUUUGAAUUAAAUGCUGACGAAAUCACGGCACUGGAAAAUCUCGAUUUUGGCUAUCGUUCGUGUCCCGGUGAUCCUGGUGCAGAUCUACUUCCGAAUUACCCGUUCCAUAUUCCAUACUGAGACAACCAAAAAUUGAUAAAAUCUACAAUGUCACUGAGGCCUGAAUGAUUGUAAUUUCGUUUUGUGGAAAAUAAUAAACGAAUCAAAUUUUAGGUUCCA